AUGGGAGGCUUCAUGCAGCCCCAGGGCCAUCUACAGGUGCUGUGCGCUAUGGCAGACUACGGCCUGGACCCGCAGGCUGCCUUGGACCAGCCACGCUUCUGCCUCCAAGGCGUGAACAGCGCCCUUGGGCCUGAGAGCGCCCAAGGGGCGCAGCUGUUGCUGGAGGAAGGCAUCCCGGAGGAUGUGCAGGAGGCGCUUAGCCAGAUGGGUCACCACUGCCGCGUGGUGCGGGGCUGGCAGCGCCACGUCUUCGGCCGAGGUCAGGUGAUUUGCCGCGAUGCCUCCGGCGUGCUGCAGGGCGGCACGGAGCCACGCGCCGACGGGGCGGUGCUGGCAUGGCAGGCGGAGCAGAGGCAUCGAGCGUGCCUCGCCUAUGACCGCUGCUACGCCAAAGCCGACAAGGACAUGGUUGGUCUGAAGCGCAGCUACUGCGCCGGCGGCGGUCAGGAGGAGAUGCUGAAGACGGAGGCCAAGGCCAUCGCCCAGGUGGACUGCAUGUUGGAGGCUCUGAAGCUCUACACCUUCGAUGACCGAAAGCAGAAGCUCGAGGAAUGCAUCAAGGAUGGCGGGGCCUGGGAUACCAGCUUUAUGGACUCCCUCGACUUCAAGGAGUGCGACUUCGUGAACCCGACCAAGACGUCCUCAGAUCUGGAGCUUUGCGCGAGCCACACCAACCCAAUGAACGACGACGACAUGUCUGGGACCCCGGGCUACAUCGCGAAGUACUACACCGGGCCCGCGAGCGCGGCCAACGGCUACCCCCUUCCGGGCAGCGCGGACGAUGCCACGGACUUGGACAACGCGCCCAAGACCGACGUCAAGGCAUGCAUGUCGACUUGCUGCACGCAUCCGCCCACCGACGGCUGGGAGAAGACCGAUGCGGGGAAUGCCACGGUCAGCGCAGCGCAAGCUGGUGGAACGACCACGACAACGACCCUGGCCGUACUCGACUUGCCCAGCGGCAGCAUCCCGCUGAAGCACUUGCCUGAACACCUGCGAAAGCAAGUGGACACCAGCAAUUUGCCCACCUGCGGCUACUGCGGCAGCGACUUUGUCAAUGGACAGUCGCAGCUGGUGAAGUGCCAGCGCUGCUGGGGCAAAUGCUGCGACCCGCCGCUGGUCACAGCAUGCGCGGACAAGAACAAGCCCGACUUCCCGACCUGCGAGGACAGCACCGCGCUGCUGGCCCUGCAGAGCCAGGUGCAGCUUCUGUCAGAGGGCAGCCAUCAAAGAGGCGGCUCUCACCGAAAGGCGCUGGGCAGCGUCAAGAGGAGACGGUCUGACCAUCGCGAUUCCGAGAGCCUGCGCUGGCAGCAGCUGGUGCUGCGCGCGCGGCGCCAGGCUGCGGCGAGGCUGCGCAGGCAGUAGAUCAGAAGGCGAACAGACCGCCGAGCGCGCAAAGGCGCAA